UUUUCAGGACCUGACACUUGGAGAAAGAUCAUGGGACAGAAACUGAUGGGGCACACUGGGGCUGCCUGUGUGGAUGCUUUGACGGAAAUGAGCCCAGACGAGUCAGUGCUGAUCCUCCUUAAACACUGCCGGGACAUGAAACAACAGGAGACGAGACUCAGGCUCAUCACUCUGUUCUUGCUGCUUGGGUGUGCUGCGCUGUUUAUUUUUAUGAUCUUCUGUGGUAAUUUACAACAGCAUGAAAACUCUGGAUCCAGUGGACAGACAAGCACAUCUGAGCACAGUGCAACCUACUCCAAGCAAGUGGCAGGGUGUCCUACAGAUAAUGUUCCAAAUGAAUCCCUACGUGGGCUCAAUGAUCUCAGGUCUGUGUUUGAGAAAAAUGUGACCAACAAAACAUACAUGAAAUGGCAGCCUGUGUUAGGUGGAAACUACAUCGAAAAGGAACGUGCCAUUGAGAUUCGUGUGACGGGCAUCUAUUUUGUGUACACAAGUUUUGCUUUAGGAUGCCACGAUGAACCUGAAGGCUUCAGGACGUUCUCUCUACAGCUGCGCAGACUGCCUUUGGGAUACAGUGACAUUCAAAACCUGACGGAUGUCUGGGAUGGUGUCAAGUGUCCAGAAGGGUUCCGGACUGUGUCUGUUGGGCGGCUUUUUGACUUGUUGCAAGGAGAUCAGGUGAAAGUGUGGGUCAGAGAGGGCUACAAACUGAUCACAUCAUCAUCAUUUGGUGUUUUUCGUGUAUAGAAGAUAUACCUUUUCAAUGUGACCAUUGUUUUAGUCAUUAUUUUCUUUUUCUUUUUUAAUUAAAACAUUGUUUAGGGUUAUUUAAGAUUUGUAUGUUUAAAAAGGCUAUCUGUAAGUUAUUUAGGAUUAGAUGAAGCAUGGUAUAUGUGGAGGGAUAAGAGAGAGAGAGAGCAAUGUUGGAGUUAUGUAUGUAUUUCAUAUAUAGACGUAUAGAUUGUACUGGAGGAGUAAAUAACAUUUGCAAAAAAAAAAUACUUAUUUGGUGUUCAGAUGAAGUUGGAGAGGUGGCUGACAAAACAUCUUCACUUUCCACCAGGCUGUGGCUUUCAUUUAUCACCAGCCUGAACAUAAAGUAAUUGAUGUACACGAUGAAGAUAAGAUUGUCUCUAAUGUAUUAAAGCAAUUCUAUUGCCUUUA